AUGGAUGAACAUGCACGGAAAAGAAUCAGGACCGAAUCAAAAGACCAGACGAAUGGGACAGCUGCGAAGACAGGUGUUGUCCCUCAGUCUGUCAUUCACGCACUCUACUCUGAAUCGGUGGCGGCAAAACUGUGGAAUGUGGCCAGCAGGGCUUUGGGAAAGAAUGAACCUCCCACCUUCUUUCCCGAGUACACAGGCAAAGAUGGCGCCACAUACGUUUACCGACACCUGAGCUUCUGGACGUCUGGCUUCUUUCCAGGGUCCCUAUACCUGCUGCUCGAGCGCCAGACCAAGUACAACAGCAGCACAGAGCCCCGAACUCCCCAUCCCCUCCUUCUUCAACACAGCUGCCAGUGGUGGACCGUCAACCUACACCAGAACGCCACCCUUAACACAACACAUGAUCUUGGCUUCAUGAUGGCCCCCUGGGCUAUCAAAGCGUGGGAGCUACACAGGGAUGCGAGGGCGUUUAGCAGUCUGGUGACGGCAGCAAAUACUCUUGCUAGUCGAUUCUGUCCCAAGAUCCAGUCUAUCCGCAGCUGGGACAUAUGCGUGACGAAGCGGUAUUCAUACACGGAUCCUUCCAAGGACUUCCUUGUCAUCAUCGACAACAUGCUCAACCUCGACAUGCUAUUCUGGGUCGCCAAAGAGACCGGCAAUCAGCACCUGUACGACGUCGCAGUGGCACACGCCCGCACAACGCAAAAGCACCAUAUUCGCGCCAACCACUCCACAUACCACGUGGUGAACUUUGACCAAGAGACAUGCAUGCCCAAGGAGAAGGUGACGAACCAGGGAUACAACGACGAGAGUUGCUGGGCCAGAGGUCAGGCGUGGGGCAUCCUCGGAUUCGCGCAGACAUUCCACUGGACUGGUGAUCCGUCGUUCCUGCAGACGUCGCGACAGCUUGCCAAUUUCUUCAUUGAGCACCUGCCUGGCGAUGGCGUGCCGUACUGGGACUUUGAUGCACCCGUCACGAGCGACUCGCCUAGAGAUACGUCCGCCGCGAUGAUCGCAUCGUGCGGGAUGCUCUUGAUCUACAGAGCGCUCAGGGCGCAGGGCAAGUACGACGAAUCGGAGCAUUAUCUCCUUGCUGUCAUGCGCAUCGUCGAAGGGACGUUGACCAAGUUUCUGAACCCUCCGACCUUCAAAUUCACUGUUCAGCCCUCCGAUCGGGGCAUCGAAACAUACGAGGAUGGGCUGCCCUGCGACCACGAGGAGAAGCCAGAACCUGGAUCUUUGGCUGUGGACAUGUCCGUUGCGACGAAUGGGAUAAAUGGCAGAGGGGUAAAUCGCACUGUGAGCAAGAAGGCAGCAGCAGAGACAAUCCUCACCGGUGCCACGAUCAACAACUAUGAGUUUGCUCCCAGAAGAUGGGCCAAUCAUGGUCUAGUCUAUGCAGACUAUUAUUUCAUGCUUCUGGGGAACAUGCUGCUUGAGUUGGGUUUGGUGCCAUCGUUGCCAUAG